AUGAGUAUACCCGGUACCGGAGUGGAUAUGUCUGCUCUAAUGUCUCAACAUCCUGUGCUAGGAGCUAUUCCUCCGGCGUUCUUUUUAAGAGCCUCAGAGAGAUAUCAAAGAACCCCCAAAUGUGCAAGAUGUCGAAAUCACGGUGUUGUCUCGGCUUUAAAAGGACACAAAAGAUACUGUAGAUGGCGGGAUUGCAAUUGCGCCAAAUGUACCUUGAUCGCAGAGAGGCAGCGAGUUAUGGCUGCUCAAGUCGCUCUCCGGAGGCAGCAGGCUCAGGAGGAAAAUGAGGCCAGAGAAUUGGGGAUCCUCUUUCCCACGCCGAUGACCCAAUCCGUUGGAGAGACUCCUGUGCCACCGCCUCCAGUCUCAAAUGCAUCUGAUAUGGGAAUGGCUCCUGUUUUGCAAAGAAGUACCUUCACCACGGCAUCUGAUUCUUCAGAGGCUUCUAGUCCAACAUCCAAAAGGCCCAGAAUCAACGUCGAAGAGUGUCAGUUAGAAGAAUCAGACUCAGAUCAAGAAGAAAUAAAAAGAAGUCAGCACUCGUCCCCAAUAAAUCCCCAACCGACUCCUUUAGCUCCUACUCCAUCUCCAGACCCAGUCACAAGUCCCGAUCCAGAUCUAGACGUCGAAGAAGACACGCAAUCAGAAGCUCCCGAAAACCUUUCAGUAAAAAGGGAAAAACCGGCGAGUCCCGAAACCCCACCCCACCAACAGGCGUCAAAUUUUAUGCCGUACCAACAUCCGUUUGGGCAGUUUCCGCCUCAAUAUCAGCCUGCCUAUCCGCAGAGAAGUCCUAUUGAUGUGUUGAUGAGGGUGUUUCCGGGCAGGCGAAGAUCGGACGUCGAGGCACUUUUACAAAGAUGUAAAGGAGAUGUUCUCCAAGCCAUGGAGCUUAUGGUAAGUGGCAGUCACGAAGAACUAUCCACACCGUCGGCAUUUUCCCCACUCGGCCCACCGACAAACUUCCACAGGUACAGUCCAUCAAGGAGGUUUUUGUCCGCACCGUACGCCGGAACUGGCUACCUACCCACAGUUAUCAGACCGCCUCCAGACUACCUGUCGCUUGUGGGACCAGUACACGAUCUCUACAAGAACGAGAACACCGCAGCAUCCUCCCCUGGUUCCAACACUGGAUCAGAUAAAACGAGUUACUCAGAAUAG